AUGUCACAAACACCUUCAGUCGUUGACCAAUCAGAAGUUCUUAAUGAAAAUCAAGCACCAGAGACUACUUUUGAUCACAUUGAUACGCUCCAGCAGUACAAUAUCAAUGCUGCUGAUAUCACUAAACUGCGCAACGGCGGAAUUAGCACCGUUAUGGCCGUUUUGCAAGGUCUUUCCGAGGUUAAAGUCGAGAAGAUCAAGGAAGCCGCUCAGAAGUGCUCAAAGACUGGUUUCUUAACCGCUGCAGAGGUCGCUAAGAAGCGUGAAAGCAUAUGCAACAUCUCCACUGGCUCGAAAGCAUUCGACGCUAUUCUUGGGGCAGGUGUUCAAUCACAAGCCAUAACAGAGGUAUAUGGUGAAUUCAGAACAGGAAAAACUCAACUCUGCCACACUGCUUGCGUUACUGUUCAGUUGCCCCAAGACAUGGGCGGCGCUAGUGGUAAAGCUGCCUACAUUGACACCGAAGGCACUUUCCGUCCAGACAGGAUCAGGUCAAUUGCGGCAAGAUUUAACAUGGAUGAGGAGGCAGCUCUUGAUAAUAUCACUGUUGCGCGCGCAUUCAAUUCAGAGCAACAGAUGGACUUGCUGAACACUCUGGCAGCUAAAAUGGCUGACGAGGGUGGCAUCUACAGACUGGUCGUUGUCGACUCGAUUCUUGCGCUAUUCAGAACCGAUUACAGCGGCCGAGGGGAACUUUCUGAGCGCCAGCAAAAACUGAAUCAGCAUUUGACACGUCUGAUUAGACUCGCUGAAGAAUUCAACGUCGCGAUUCUUAUCUCUAAUCACGUACAAGCUGAUCCUGGCGCCAUGACGACAUUUGCAGCAGCCGACAAAAAACCUGUCGGGGGUCACGUUCUCGGUCAUGCAUCCACAACACGCAUCUAUCUUCGCAAAGGCAGAGGCAACGAGCGCAUUGCAAAGUUGUCAGAUUCACCAGACUUACCUGAAACUGAAGCUACAUAUGCACUGGGUGUCGGUGGAAUCGAAGAAGCUUAG